GGCUUAGCGUAACCUGGAACUGAACUCCAUGGCGUGAUGCACUGUGGGUAACAUCAGCAGACGAAACAUGGCGGCUCUACAAACUUUGGCGAGGCGGUGCUCAACAUCGAUGUUGAAGCGCCAUUUCAGCGUGUCAUCACCAGUGGCCGCUCAGAUGACAGUACGAGAUGCACUGAACACUGCCAUGAAUGAGGAGAUGAAGAGGGAUGAGUCAGUCUUCCUCCUAGGAGAGGAGGUUGCAGAGUAUGACGGAGCUUACAAGGUCAGCCGAGGCCUGUGGAGAAAGUAUGGAGACAAGAGAGUAAUGGACACCCCAAUCACAGAGGUCAUCUUCAUCGUUUGGUUGUCUCUUUUAUGUGAUGUUUAUAUGCUAUCUAUUUUAAUUUGUGGUUUAGAAAAGUUUUUAAAAAUUUUAACACCCACCAAGGAGCUUUCAUCACAAGGAGGGAGAUCGACCUUAGUUUCCUUUCAAGGAUGUUCGUAGCGCGUGUGAAAAUUUGAUUCACACCCGAGUGCCAAUGACACUCAUAUGCAUGAAUCCCAUGCCGGCGCGCUAACGCCUUCCUUUUGUUAUUCAGGUUGUUUACAACCUGGCACAGCCUAGUAAUGGCGAAUUGUCUAUGGAGCGAUUUUUAUUUUUGCAGGUUUGAGGAGGAUUUUGAAAUGAUAGGAUAGGAAAAAGAGUAUUACUCGGGCGAUGAUUUCUCGAAUCAAUGCUAUACAACAUCUGCAGAUGGGUUGCAUUUAUUUGUCUGCGUGGGUCGCUUUAUAUUUCUACAGCAAGAGUAAAAAUGUGGGGUCUGCGGAAUAGAACAUAACAUAUUCCUUUUUUCUAAAUAUUUGUCGGUAAUAUUCCUACAACCAAGGACUUACAAGUAGCGAUUGUGGUGUGAAGAAUUGC